AUGACAACCCUUGCGGAAGUUUGGGGUAAGCUGCCUGGAUUGGCCCAGCGCGGGGCAUCCGGACGGCUGAUUGUGGGACCAGUGAACCUUCAGAGGGCCGACUUGGACUUCAAUUGGAAUGUGGUCGGAGACUUCUGUGAGAAUGCGGCUUGGAAAGUGCGGCCGCGAGAAGCAAACAUCAUUCGGCUUUACGAGCUAGUGGGCAUCCCCGUGCCGGAAGGUCGCAGUCCUCGCGACUCCAUCGAAGAAGCUGAGGCAGCCUGGGGAAACGGGGAAUUACGCACGUACACCCGGGAGCUUGGUGAUGAAGCGAUGAAUGAAGAAGGUGAAGAAGAGUGGGCAACUGAAGACGAAGCUGUCGAUGAAGAACUGCCUGCUGAGGGAGGGGUGGACACAGGUGCAGGUGAGACGUGGGUGCCUCCGUCAGCACCAGCUGCUCCCGUGCCCGCUACUGAUGCAGCUAAUCCUGCAAUGCCCGAUGAGGGACGGGUGGGCCCCGGUGCAGGCGAGACGUUGGCGCCUUUGUCAGGACAAGCUGCUCCCGUGCCCGCUACUGCUGCCGGUAAGCCUGCAAUGCCCGAGUGUAAGUUGCCAGCCCAGGGUGGCGAUUUGCCAGUUGUUGCCCCGGAGCAGAACCCAGCCACAGCACUUCAGCGCAAUGGCACGAGUGUCUUCGUUGCAUUUCGCGAGGGUGAUUCUAUUACCACGGCUGCUUCGACCAUCGCCACCCCCCCACCGGCCCGAGCAAACUCUUCUCCGCCGUCAACCGAGAAGCUUCCUCUUCCAGCGAGCAGGAAGCGAACUCUCUUGCAGGCUCUCGAGGUUGAGUGUGCAAACAUUGAGAUGCUUCUGAAGGCCAAAGGGGAGUUAGCUGCGAAAAGAGCAUUGGAGGCAGCCCAGGGGCAGUUCGUAGUUUCGGACAAGCACCUUAGUUGUCGUGCUUCGACAAGCAAUCUACGACAAUCUACGAACAUCGGCCCAGGUGCGGAGAUGGACCGGGUUGACACGUAUCCCAUGGAGACCGGUGUGGCUGAGGAGGUGUUGCAUGCAGCACGGAUCGAAGUCCACCAUCGUGAAAAGGAACAGGAGAUGCAGAAGGAGUCUCAGCCAGAGCCAGAGCUGUCGGCUGAGCUUCGUGGUACAACCUUGGUUUUGGGCCAGAGGAAAGAGGAUGAAGCGGAGCUUCCUCGGGAGCCAGAUAAGACAUCCAAGUGGAUGGAUGAGGACGACAACCGCACAAUUUUCUUCGAUCCAGAGAACAUGGCUUGGCCGGAGGUCACAGGUGCUGAGGAGCUUGAGCCCCUUGAUCCUGUGAAGCGAGAUGAUGACAAGCCCGUUCAGGCUUUGGAUGUUUCAUGCGAGGCCGAUGAUGAGAAGCCCGUUCAGGCUUCGGACGGUUCAGGCGAGGCCCAUGAUGAGAAGCUCGCUCAGGCUUUGGAUGGUUCAUGCGAGGCCAAUGGUGAAAAGCCCGUUCAGGCUUUGGACGGUUCAGGCGAGGCCCAUGAUGAGAAGCUCGCUCAGGCUUUGGAUGGUUCAGGCGAGGCCAAUGGUGAGAAGCCCGUUCAGGCUUUGGAUGGUUCAGGCGAGGCCAUUGGUGAGAAGCCCGUUCAGGCUUUGGACGGUUCAGGCGAGGCCGAUGGUGAGAAGCCCGUUCAGGCUUGGGCUUGCGCGGGGGAGGCCGAUGAUGAGAAGCCCGUUCAGGCUUUGGAUGGCACAGGGGAGCCAGUUCCCGAGUCCAGCGGCUCGCCUGAUGCUGACAUGCCCACGGAUGCUGUUGUGGAGACGGGCAAUUCCAGAGGGUGUGGUAAGCGAGGCCGUGGUGGUGGACGCGGCAGAGGCCGUGGCAAAGCUCCGGAAACAGUGCCGGAGAAGGUGUCCGAGGUCCGGGGCAAGAGCCGCAGAAAGCAUGGUGUCGAGGAGACCGAGCCGGAUGAGCCCGAGAAGGCCUCAAGGGCCAAGCCGAAGAAGGACAAGGAGAACGGAUCCGGAAAGAUCGAGCCGAAUAAGCCGAAGAAGGAGAGGGGGGACGGAUCCGAAAGAAACGAGCCGGAUAAGCCUAAGAAGGCCGCUUCAAAGGCCAACCCGAAGCUGACGGAGAAGGAACCCAAGCCGGGGGUGGAGCAGGAUGGUGCCGAGAAGCCAGCCCCGAAGCGCAAGAAGCCAGAUGUUAAGGAGCUUACAGAAGAAGAGCGGUGCAAGAAGCAGUUGAAAAGCCGCAAGAGUUGCGCCUAUCACUGGGCCCGUGCUGAGGCUCUGAACUUAGGGUUCACAGAGGAGGAAGCCAAGCAGAAGGGUCAGGAGGUCUUUUGGCUAUAG